AUGUCGCCGUCUCUACUCUCACCCACCUGGCAAGACUUUGUGGCUCAAAAGCGCCAGGAAUGUCAGGAUAAACUGCCCCGCGAAUGGAAACUGAGCGAGGCCACCUUGAAGGCAGUGCCUCAGCAUCUUUUGGAAUAUGAUCUUCCGCGUCGAAGCGGUCUCUUGACGGAAGAGGAACUCGAUGUCACAGAGAAUUACACUGCGACCGAGCUUCUCGCCAAGCUGGCUUCAGGCCAAGUCACAUCACUCUCAGUAACUACAGCAUUCUCGAAGCGUGCAGCUAUUGCACAGCAAGUGACAUCAUGUUUGACCGAGACCUUCUUCCCCGCGGCCCUUGACCGGGCACGCUAUCUCGACGAAUACUUACAGCGAGAGCGGAAACCUCUGGGACCUCUGCACGGGUUACCUGUCAGCAUCAAAGACUGCUUUUGUGUCAAGGGUCUGCAAUCGACUGUGGGAUACGUGUCCUGCUUAAAUACUCCCCCAUCGACGACGGAGUCAGCACUCGUGACACAGCUUCUGGAACUGGGAGCCGUGCUUUAUGUCAAGACAAAUGUGCCCCAAACUAUGAUGACCGCGGACUCGGAGAACAAUAUCUUUGGCCGAACUCUUAAUCCACACAACACAUCACUCACGGCGGGUGGGUCGAGCGGUGGUGAGGGCGCUCUGGUCGCCUUUCGAGGCUCAAUCCUUGGAGUGGGAACUGAUAUCGCCGGCUCCAUUCGCAUCCCAUCCUUGUGCUGUGGAGUAUAUGGGUUUAAGCCCACAGCAAAUCGGGUUCCCUACGGAGGCCAAUUUUGCGGCGCAAUGGAGGGCUUGCCGGGACCGAUUGCCUGCGCGGGUCCACUUGGCCAUAGUCUUGCCGACAUAAAGCUGUUCAUGGAUGUCGUUGUUGGAGACGGUUCCGCUUGGAAAUACGACGCAAGCGCUUUUGCGGUGCCAUGGAAUAAGAGCAUAACGCUCGGCAGCACUCAGAAUGGGAGUCUCAAUAUUGGUGUACUGUCUGAGGACAGUCAUUUCCCCCUCCACCCUCCAGUGAGACGUGCAUUGAAGCGCGCAGUCGAUGCGUUGACUCAAGCGGGUCACCGGGUGAUUCAAAUCGACAACGACACCAAAGACGAUCUAUCGGUGGCAUAUGCUUCGCGAUUGGCUUUCCAAUACUUUACAUAUCCGCCACACGAAGAUCUAAUUGAGCCAAGUGGAGAACCACCUGUGACUUCCGUGGCCAAGCAGUCCUCUCCUAUGUUCACUGGCCCAUUGCCAGUAGAGCAAGAGAAAGAGCCUUAUCACAAAAUCAACGAUCUACAUGAAGCUCGAGAGAAGUACGCCGACAGCUGGCGGCGGGAGUGGGUCACAAAGAAGCUCGAUGUGAUUUUGGCUCCUGGCGCACAGAACACCGCGGUGGCUCAUGAUACUUAUGGCUGGCCACCCUAUACGGUGAUGUGGAACUUACUAGACUACCCUGCUUGCAUUAUACCUUAUGGAGCAGCUUCACAGGAGUUGGAUGACGAGGAAUUCAAGACUGGAGAUGAUGUACAGCCAGACUAUCAUCCCAGUGAAGUUCAUGGUGCGCCGUGCGCCAUUCAAGUGAUUACUCCUCGUUUCCAAGAUGAACAAUGUUUGGCAGCGGCUGAAUUGAUUGAACAAGCUCUCCGCAAGUGA